AUGGAGGAAGACGUCCCAAAACUAGUCGACGAGGGAGAAGAGGGCGAAUUAUGGGAAGGCGAGGAAGAGCUCAUGGUAGUGGAUGAGACAGGUGAUGACGAACUCCAGGAAGAGCCAGAACAAAUAGUGCACAUGGACGACCAACCCCAGCAGGAGCCAGAACAAAUGAGGCGCAUGAACAACCAACCUCAGGAGGAGCCAGAACAAGCAGCCCGCUUAGACGAUGAACCUCAAGUAGUACAUGAACAAGAGGACCAGCCUGACAAUGGUGAUCAGUAUCUGCCCAACAUGAUAGAAGAAGCUGCCGAACCAAUUCCCCAAGCACACGAGCCACCUGGGAGGCAGGAAAAUCAUAAAGUUGAACAAGUUGCUCAGGAACUGCAAAACAAGAGAAAGGAGUUAACAGAGACCCGUGAGAAGUUCGAACCCUGGGAAAGCACGAUACGCCUUUUGUCCCGGAGUAUUCCACAAGAUCUUGAACAGACACCCCACGCUGAUGGGCCACAUCUUUGGUUAAUUUGGAUUUACUCGACGCUUCAGAAGUACUCCUCCACCAGCAGCAUUGGUGAAACGACCGUCAGCCGACGAGCUGGUGAACACCUUGCUGAACUAUACACUUCAAACUCGGAAAACUUCUAG